UCUCCGCUCCCACAUCCCUUCAUCUGCCUUCUCUCUCUCUCUCUCUCUCUCUCUCCAUUUCUACCUAUUCCGCCAUUUGCAUUUGAUUCUCACUCCAGACCCAUGUCGAAGUUCGAGUACCCUCGUCUCCGGCGUGCCGAAAUCAUCGGAUUCCUAGCCGAAUCACACAUCGAAGACCGCAUCGCCGAAUCCGACCUCCGCAACCCCAACCCCGACUUCAUCCUCAACCUCUACACCAAAAUCUUAAUCCACCUCGAUUCUCUUACGGAAGACUACGGGCAAGUUGAUUUCGCUGCCUUGGAACAGCUGGAGAACCCGGACCUCCACGUGGACUCGGUUCGGACCAUGAAUUUGUUUAGAAAGAUCAAGGAGGUUCUGGCUGCUCUGGAUUGUCCUAAGAAAUUUAACCUCAGGGAUCUGAUAAAGCCUGACGCGGACAGGACGGAGUUGUUUCUUAGUGCCCUGCUCAAUUUCUGUAUCCAUAGAGACACGAAAAUGAAUCUUCUGAGACCAAUGGUGGAAGAUCUGACCCUUCUUGAUGAGAAACGGCAACAGUUGGAGAGCAGGAUUUCACAGCUGAAUGCAGAGAUUGCUGAACAGAAUGAACUAAGAGAAAGGGAAAUGCCACUUGUUCAGGAUGUAGAAGCUAAAGUUAAAGAACUAACCCAGAUCAUUCCUGGUCUUAACAAUCAUCAAAUGUCCUUGAAGGCUUCUAUCAAAAAAAUGAAGGAGAAGGCGAAAGAAAUGGAUGAGAAGAUUUCCAGUGCGGAGUUUGUGCUGGUGCAAAGUGUCCAAGAAAAUGCCAGUUUACGCUCUAAAAUUGUUCAGUCGCCAGAUAAGUUGCAGAGGGCUUUGGAGGAGAAGAAAGUAGUUCGAAUUGAUGCAAAAAAUGCCGAAAGAGCAGCAAUGCAGUCGUUUCAGGAGAAAAGUGCAGUUCUUGAGGUUUAUAUGAAGGCUUGCAAGAAAUUGUCAAAGAACCUUGCUCAGAUGCAGGCAAUACAAGAACAGGUGAACUCUGCCAAAUCCGUUGAAAAAGAUGUGAAGGUUCUGAAGGUUAAGCAGAGUGAGGCAGGAAUGCUAGAUAAGUCGCUCGAGGCCAAGCUUGUUGAACGACAGGGGAAAGUGGAACAGUUGGAUGAAAUGAGAAAGCAAUUAGAAAAAGAAAGAGAUAUCAGGUGUGAGGAAGCUACUAAGGAACUCAACAAUGUGAAGUCAGAAGUGGAAGAGAAGAGGCGAGAUCUUGAAUCAAGGCAAACUAAGCUUCAAGCUGUAGUUGCAGAGGCUGAUGCCAUGUCUAUGAAGUCAAAUUCAGAGAAAGAAUCUGGGGCGGCCAAACGGCAAGAGUUAUGUCGUAAAUCUGAAGAAAUUGUGAGUCAGUUUUACGAGUAUUCAAACUCCAUCGGGGGCUUGUUGCCUAAGAACUGAGGCGGAGCCUUCACUUUGAGCAUGGAAGAAGCAGAUUCUCCUAACAUUUUCAGCUUGCGCCAAGUUCAAUAGCUAGUUGACUGCACUGAGACAUCUCUGUGAAUCAUGUUGAAUUACAGGAACUUGAACUUAGGAAACCUGUAAAUCUAGAUAUGCUCAUAAAGGUAAUUUAAAAAAAAAAACAAGAACGAUGUGUGCAUUAAGGCUUGUCGGUUGAGUGCUUCCCUUGAAAAUAUUCUCUUUACGCGCUGUUUUGUAUAACUAUUGGGGGCAUGAUUAUGCAUUUUGUUCCGGAUGCUGAGUUUUGGCUAGUUCAGUUUUGAGUAAAAGGACCAAGAUCUCGAGCAAGCCCAAGCCUUCAUAUCCCUCCCUGUUUAUUUUGGCUUUUUAUGAGCAAAAUUGAAGAAAAAUUAUUUCUCUCGUAUUGGAUCAA